AUGUAUCUUUUCCCUCUAUCCCUGUGUAAGCCAAAUGGGCGGGGUCUCAGCUUUAGUCCCCGCCCCCGCUGCAACAUGGCCGACACCUGUCUAGUCUGGCUGUUGGGCCUGGCUCUCCGCCUCUCUCUGACCUCCUGCCAGAAGAUAGACCCCACCAACAAGCUGCCCACGGUGACCACCAACUACGGCAAGCUGCGGGGGCUCAAAAAGGACCUGAACAACGAGAUCUUGGGGCCGGUGGAGCAGUACCUGGGCGUGCCCUAUGCCACCGCGCCCAUCGGAGACCGCCGCUUCCAGCUGCCGGAGGCGCCUGGCUCGUGGCAGGAGAUCCGCAACGCCACAGCGUUCGCCCCGGUGUGCCCGCAGAACGUGCACGGCGUGCUGCCAGAGAUCAUGUUGCCGGUGUGGUUCACAGACAACCUGGAUGUGGCAGCCGGCUACAUCCAGAACCAGAGCGAGGACUGCCUCUACCUCAACGUCUACGUGCCCACCGAGGACGGUUUCCUGAGUACAGGGGACCAGUCAGCCAAGGGGAACUAUGGUCUGUUGGACCAGAUCCAGGCCCUGCGUUGGCUCAAUGAGAACAUCGGACAUUUUGGCGGCGACCCCGAGCGCAUCACCAUCUUCGGCUCCGGCGCCGGCGCGUCCUGCGUCAACCUCCUCAUCCUCUCGCACCACUCCGAGGGGUUGUUCCAGAGGGCCAUAGCCCAGAGUGGCUCAGCCAUCUCCAGCUGGUCGGUCAACUACCAGCCCCUCAAGUACACCAAGAUACUGGCCCGGAAGGUAGGCUGCAGCCACUCAGAGACGGCAGAAUUGGUGGACUGCCUGAGGAAGAAGAAUUUCAGGGAGCUGGUGGAUCAGGACAUCCAGCCGGCACGCUACCACAUCGCCUUCGGACCCGUAGUGGACGGAGACGUGGUGCCGGACGACCCUGAGAUACUCAUGCAGCAGGGGGAGUUCCUGAACUAUGACAUCCUGAUAGGAGUGAACCAGGGAGAGGGGCUGAAGUUUGUAGAUGACAGUGAAGACAACGAUGGGAUCUCAGCUGCAGCGUUUGACUACACCAUCUCUAACUUUGUGGACAAUCUCUAUGGAUAUCCUGAGGGUAAGGACAUCCUGAGAGAGACCAUUAAGUUCAUGUACACUGACUGGGCCGACCGUGACAACGGAGACAUGAGGAGAAAAACCCUCCUCGCCCUGUUCACGGACCACCAGUGGGUGGCGCCGGCGGUGGCCACGGCCAAACUGCACGCCGAGUUCCAAUCUCCUGUUUACUUCUACACAUUCUACCACCACUGUCAGACGGAGACGCGGCCAGAGUGGGCGGACGCAGCCCACGGGGAUGAGAUCCCCUACGUGUUCGGGGUGCCCAUGAUCGGAGCCACCGACCUGUUCCCCUGCAACUUCUCUAAGAAUGAUGUCAUGCUCAGUGCUGUAGUCAUGACGUACUGGACAAACUUUGCUAAGACGGGGGACCCCAACCUGCCGGUGCCUCAGGACACCAAGUUCAUCCACACCAAGCCCAACCGCUUUGAGGAGGUCAUCUGGACCAAGUUCAACUCCAAGGACAAGCAGUACCUCCACAUUGGUCUGAAGCCCCGCGUCAGGGACAACUACCGAGCCAACAAGGUGGCCUUCUGGCUGGAGCUGGUCCCUCACCUACAUUCCCUCCAUGACGAAUUCCCCCCCACCACCAGGCUACCUCCAGGCAGCACCCGCCCCCCCGGGGUCCCCUGGAAGCCCAAACCCCGCACCACAGGCCACCCCUACCCCACAUUCCCUGACCCCGUGGAGCCCUACGGAUCAGAGCGGCCCAGACUGGACCUCUUCCCCGGUGACACACGGGAUUAUUCCACAGAGCUGUCGGUGACAGUGGCGGUGGGGGCGUCGCUACUCUUCCUCAACAUCCUGGCAUUCGCCGCGCUCUACUACAAGCGGGACAAGCGGCAGGAGAUGCGGCGCCACCGGCUCUCCCCGCAGCGCCACGGCGGGCCCGCCAACGACCUGGCGCACAGCCAGGAGGAAGAGAUCAUGUCCCUGCAGAUGAAGCACUCGGAGCACGACCCGCACCACGACAUGGAGCCCCUCCGUCCCCACGACAUCAUGCGGCCCGCCUGCCCGCCCGACUACACUCUGGCCCUGCGGAGGGCCCCGGACGACGUGCCCCUCAUGACCCCCAACACCAUCACCAUGAUCCCCAGCACCAUCACCGGCAUGCAGCCCCUCCACCCCUUCAAUACCUUCCCCAGCACCGGCCACAACAACACCCUGCCCCACCCCCACUCCACCACACGCGUAUAG